GCCUGGCCAAGGGGAACGUGACUGAUAAUUUCUCCGAGUGUUUUGAGUAUGAGAGCUUUGAUCAGGAGGAGAGCGUUGCUCCGCUGGACGUAUUGCGAAGCGGAGGAUCAUUGUCGCGAAUAACUGGAAACUUCCGACUAGACGACGGCGGCUUAAGAAGGGUUUUAAACUUUUAAUUUACAAGCACAUCUAUCUAUUUAUCACUAGCAGUCAACUGCGGUCCGGUUCCCGUGACUCGAGGGCUUCCACACAGGACACCUGGACGAUUCUCUCUGUUCUUUGAUUUAAUUUCCCUGGAGGCAAUUCGAUUCGAUCCCUUCUUGGCGGGAAGGCUGUGCACGACGACGUCCUUGCCGUCGUCUUCCACAAUUCAAUUAAAGUUGACAGGGACCGAGAGAUAGAGAUGGGAGUUUCCGAGAAUUCCAAGGGUUUGAUACUGGCUGUUGCAUCUAGUGCAUUCAUUGGGGGAAGCUUCAUCUUGAAGAAGAAGGGUCUUAAGCGUGCCGGUGCGCACGGUACUCGCGCAGGAGGUGGUGGCUAUACUUACCUACUGGAGCCACUAUGGUGGGCUGGCAUGGUGACUAUGAUUAUUGGGGAGGUUGCAAAUUUUGUGGCUUAUAUCUAUGCUCCAGCAGUUCUGGUGACCCCCCUUGGAGCUCUCAGCAUCAUUGUCAGUGCUGUCUUGGCUCACUUCUUAUUAAAGGAACAGCUUCAGAAGAUGGGGGUAUUGGGAUGUAUAUCCUGUAUUGUAGGAUCAGUGGUUAUUGUCAUUCAUGCACCUCAAGAGAAAACUCCAAAUUCAGUGCAAGAAAUAUGGGAUCUGGCCACUCAACCAGCAUUCCUAAUUUAUGUUGUGGCAACGAUUUCAGUAGUUUUAGCUUUGAUUUUGCACUUUGAACCUCGCCAUGGACAAAGUAACAUGCUGGUUUACUUGGGAAUUUGUUCUCUGAUGGGCUCACUUACGGUUGUGAGCAUAAAGGCCAUUGGAAUUGCAGUAAAGCUUACGCUUGAGGGAAUUAAUCAAAUAACUUAUCCACAGAGUUGGUUUUUCCUCACAGUGGCAACGAUAUGUGUCAUUACUCAGUUGAAUUACCUGAACAAGGCACUAGAUACAUUCAACGCAGCAAUUGUUUCUCCUGUAUAUUAUGUCAUGUUCACAACUCUGACUAUUAUUGCCAGUGCAAUAAUGUUUAAGGAUUGGUCGGGUCAGAAUGCCAGCAGCAUAGCAUCUGAGGUAUGUGGUUUCAUCACCGUUCUUUCAGGAACAAUAAUAUUGCAUGCGACAAGAGACCAGGAUCAAUCUAACACGCAAGGGACCUUGACGUGGUACAUUGGUGAGGAUUCGAUGAAGGGCCUUGAGGAUGAACACUUGAUCCUCAUACAUGGUUCAGAAUAUCUUGAACAUUGAUUUUUCCUGCGAGGUUGGUAUGAGAGAACAUGUUUUGGCGGCAAUCAUGCAACAGCUUGAUCCCAUCCAGUUUUGCUGUUUGGAGUGCUUGGCUUGUCACUGAUUGUGGGACGUAGAUCUGUGCAUUUUGGAUUCCUGUAGUUUUCUGACCAUUUCUCAGCUUGAUGCUGCACAGGCGUGCAGCUACGUAAGGGAGCCCCUCCAGGAAUGUGAGAUGAGCCACCCUAGAUUCCAGCGCUAAAUCCAAUUGAAACUGCAAUGGCACUUGAAGAUGUUUGGGGAUGAUUUCACUGUGUUAAAUCCUUGUAACUUUGCUUACCUAUCAGGUAGUAACGCUAGGCUUUGUUUAUGUACAAAAUUACCCGGUUAUUAUUUUGUUAUUCAACUAUCAGAUUCAAUCGAUUCUUUUUAUUAUUAUUA